AUGGGAAAACGGAAGAGAGGAGUCGACUUGACGGUUGCAGUUCCUCCCCCCCCACCCAACCGAGGCGCCCCCCUCCCUCUCCCUGCACCUUGGUCUUUGGAGGGAAUCUUAUUCUCGGAUCUUGAGCGCGUCCGCCUCCUGGGCUCCGGCGUCAGCGGCAAAGUUUGGAUGGUCCGGCAUAAACUCUCCACCAAACUCUAUGCCCUGAAGUGCAUUCAAGGAUCCCUGAAUGAAAACACUCACCGCCAAACCUGCCGAGAAAUUGAGAUACUCCAGACUGCCGACAGCCCCUUCAUUAUCCGUUGUCAUGGCUUCCAUGACAACUCCGGCGACACUGAGCUCCUCUUCGAGUUCAUGGAUGGUGGCUCUCUUGAAGGCCAUCGCGUAUCUGUCGAACCUCUCCUUGCCGAAGUCUCCCGGCAAGUGCUAUCCGCCAUAGCCUACCUCCACAGCCGCAGGAUAGUUCACCGCGACAUCAAACCCGCCAACAUUCUCAUUGACAAUCACGGGUUUUUCAAGCUUGCGGAUUUUGGCAUCAGCCGCACGGUCUCCCCGACGACAAUGGGUUGCAAGACCUCAUGUGGCACCAUCUUGUACUUGGGCCCUGAGCGUUUCAACAACGAGGAGUACGAUGGCUUCGCGAAUGAUAUCUGGAGCUUUGGCAUUACACUUCUGGAAUGUUAUCUUGGGUAUUUUCCUUUCGGUGAGAAUUCCAAGAUAGAUGGUACUGUGAGCUUUGCCAUAUGCCAGGACGAACCUCCAAAACCUCCGGAGACCGCGUCUUCCAACUUCCGUGAUUUCAUCUCCCGGUGUUUACAGAAAGAUCCGGCGAGCAGGUCCACAGCUGCACAACUCUUGCAACACCCCUUCAUCACCGAGUGUCGGCUUUCCUGUGCUCCCCCCUAG